UAGGCAUGAUCGGAGAUGCAAGGGCCAAAAAGCCAUCUUUCUACAGCAACCACAAAAACUGUGCAGGGAAUCCAUUACCAUGCUCCUAUGGCAUAUUUGUUUCCAAAGCCCCUCGGCUCCACCUGGCUCUUCCUGCCUUCCCCAGAGCCUCAGGCCCCGAGGGGACGGGUUGCGAAUUUUUUCCCGUACAAACACGCAAGAGGCAGGAAGAGCAAAGUCCUACAGAGGUGUGUGUGGGAUCCCGACGGCUCCUGAGGCGCAGGGAGCCUUGCUCUACCCCGGCUUCGUCCAAAAAAGAGGACACAGGGAACACAGAGGGAGCACACCCCGUCAAACGAAACAACACCCGAGACUCGCCCCCGCCGGUGCCGCCGCCUCUCCGCUUCCGCCGCGCCGCGGGCACUGCGCAGGCCCGAGGCCGCUGCCCGCAUGGAGGAGGAGGAGGAGGAUGAGGGCGGCGGAGACCGGGCGGCCACGGCGAGCCCGGCCGCGUCCGCCCGCUUCGUGCGGUGCCUCUACGUGGUGGGAUUCCUGGAUAUAUUUGGGGUGAGCAUGGUGGUUCCUUUAAUGAAUCUUCAUAUCAAAUCUCUAGGAGCAAGUCAUACAGUUGCUGGAAUCAUAGGAUCUCUCUAUGGUAUAAUGCAGCUAUUUUCCAGCACGUUUGUGGGCUGCUGGAGUGAUAUAGUAGGAAGACGGUAUUCCCUGCUUGCUUGUAUUCUUCUAAGUGCACUGGGUUACUUCCUUCUUGGAAAUUCCACCACGGUGUUCCUGUUUGCUAUUUCUAGAGUCCCUGUAGGUAUUUUCAAACACACACUUUCCAUCUCUAAAGCCCUGCUGUCUGACCUGGUUUCAGAGAGGGAUCGCCCUUUAGUAAUGGGGCGCUUCAAUGCAGCCUCCAGUGUGGGCUUCAUUCUGGGACCUGUUGUUGGUGGCUACCUUGCAGAGUUCAAAGGUGGCUUUUACCAAACAUCCUUCGUCUGUGCCUCUAUCUUCCUUCUGAAUGGUGGUCUUGUCUGGUUGUUACCCUCGAGUGAAGAAAACUCUAGCAAUAGGGACCAUUACCAAGACAAAGAAACAAACAGUUUCUCAGCAAAAUCAAAUCAUGACCAUCACUUGAAAUCAGCAACUAGUAGAGCCGUGACAAGCAGUAGUUUUUUCCAGUCUCCAUGGAUCCAAGUUGCAACAGUGCUGAAGAAAAUUAAAGGAAUUGCAUGCUCUAAUUUGUGGGAUGUGUUUUUAGUGCGGUUCCUGAUGUCUGUUGCUAUCCUGCUGUACUAUAGUAACUUUACUCUGGCCUUGGAGGAGAGAUUUGGGGUGAAACGCUUGUUUGCUGGAUACCUACUGAGCUAUAGCAGUGCGCUUGGAGUCCUGGCUGGUUGUCUGCUCGGACCAAUAACAAGACUCUAUCGGCACAACACUUACAGGCUUUUGUUGCACUCCAGCACUGUUACCUGCACGUUGAUUCUCCUGUACGUGUCAGCACCCAGCAUAUGGAUGGUCAUUUUGUCCUCCACGUUCUUGGCCUUCUCCACUACUAUAGGCCGUACCUGUAUCAUUGAUCUGGAACUGACCAUUGGUGGGAACGAGGCCAGCGGGACUCUCCUGGGUGUUGGACAGUCGGUGACAUCAGUGGGACGUAUUAUUGCCCCACUCCUUUCUGGAAUCGCUCAGGAGUUCAGUCCUUGUGGCCCUCCAAGUCUAGCCGUGGGACUAGCAUUAUUUGCUAUUGUGAUAAUGAAUGCAAACAAACAAAAAUACUGUAGUCAUGGAAGUGUGAAGUUAAAAAAUCAGUAGUCACAACUUUGGAUUGCACAGAUGUAUCUUCACCUGCCAGGCUUGUAAAGUAAUUACAUGAUUUUUAAAGAAAGCACGUUAUGUUCUGCAGGGAUGUUAAGUGUAGACAGAUGUUAUUCUAACAGGUAACACCAGGACAUUUCUAAGAGGGGCAGAUGUUGCUGUAUUGUGCUGACUGUGAUUUUUUAAAUGGGAUUUUUAACCUUUUUCGAGGGGAAAAAAGAAUGUUGGGAAACGCACAAAUCCUGCUUGUAGUUCAUUUUUGAAACAGUGUUUAGGUUGUUUAAAAAUGGUGAAUCAAAAGUGAAUUUUUGUUAUUUAAUCAGAAGGACAAUUUGCAAUAUGUUUGGCCUUAAUUUCUUAUUUUGUGGUCUGUGUCCUUUUCUCUGUUACGACAGUAGCUUAUAUAACAGGAUAUUUGCUUAUGUGAUUUUUUGUGUAAACAGAAAACUUUCUGUGAACCAUGGUUAGGCACUUCAGGGUAAUCAUGCAACCCCUGUUGACUCCUGGUCUUUCCCAAGUAAGAGAAUUGGGUAUACACUAACUUCAUGUACUAGAAGACCUAAUCUUAGAAUAAUACAAGGCCAUUCAGACCCAAACUGAGGCUGAACUUAAGUUUUAUUGAAAUUUGAACUGGUGGCUUCUGUUUAGUUAUAACUCCUACUGAGGAACUUUGUCAUAAUUUCUUUAUUUUUAUUUCCUGUGCAAUUUUUCUACCUUUAUUUAAACAAUUUCCUUCUUAAUUUCCUUCUUAAUUCUCUCAAAUGACUAAAGGUGUGAGCAUCUAGCAGUAGUUCAUGGAUCUGGAUUAAUGCAUCCUGUCUCAUUUCAGUCAUAAGUGACAUUUCAGUAACAAGAGAAAACGGUUUUCUUCGUUUUUCAGUCCUCAUUUGUGUGCAUGGCAUGAGAAAGGUUACUCUCAGAGCUGUACAGAGUUGUAGCACUCCUGUGCUAUUUACUGUUCAAGCUCAUUACUUUCCAGUCACCAUUGUAUUUCAUAUGAAACAUGGAAAAAAUGUAUUUUGCUUGGAUAAUGUUCUCUAUGAUCUCCAUUAUAUUACUUGAUGAAAGUAAAAACUCAACUACGUAAGUGUUUGGUUAGGGGGUUUUUAUGCAAUUGAGUUCUCUCCUUGAACACAUCAGUGCAAACACUCUUUCUGCUUCAGGUCAAUCAUGGAUAAUGCUUGUAUUUUUUAUUUUCAUUUUCUUCUUUACCUUUUCCCCUGCUGCUAGCAUUCAAAUAUUUUCUGAAACCCCAUUGAUUCCAGUGGCAGCACCAUAGGAAUUAAUAUAUGCAACUCUGAAUUGUUUUAUUUAUUGACAUAAUCAGUGUCUUAUUCCUACUGUUAUUUCAUAUACAUAUACUCAUUUCCUAUUACAUAUACUCAGAGUUCCUUAUUACAGUAAUACGUGUUUCAUUUCUCCCUAGGAACUUGAGGCAUUUUCAAGUCUCUUAUCUUCUCUUGCCUUUCUUGGUAGGUGCCCAAAACAUUAUUGCUCUACAUUUCCUAUUUUGUUUCUUUCCAUCGUUUAAUUUUCUUUUUUUUUUUUCUUUACCUUUACCUCCCUUCUGUAAGUAAGAGCAUUCUGUUUUACGUCUCUAGCAAGGGGUUAAGGAAAAGAGUUGAAAAAAUUCUUCAAAAAUUCAUAUAUAUGAAUGAUUUAGUAAUGUUUCCAAUACUCGUUGAUCAUAUGACAUAACAUCUAACCUUCUAAAUUGCUGCACUGAUUUAAUUUGACUUCUGUGUACAUCUGUCCUAAUACAUAUCCUACUGAAUAUAGGUUAUAGAAGCCUCAAGUUGAGAAAUCUGUGGAAGCCUGUGGGUCUCAGGGACUCGUUGCAGCACAUUUUACAGAAGUUUUUUACUUGCAGGCCAAAAUUAUUCCUGAAGUGCCAAAGAAACAUUUCUUUUCUGUACAGGUACAGAGGAAUUGCACUGUAUUAUUUUUUUCUUUAAGGACUAGAAAUAAAAUGAAGUAACAUUCCAUAUGUA